UAGAUAAAUUGUCGGGACGUUAAAAUGAAUAAACCAGAAAGGAAGAAGGGAAGGUGGAGCUUGAGACAGAGGAGGAGGUUGUCCUUGUGUCAACGAACGAACGAACGAACCCUAAAUCCUCCUUGCCUCCAUCGUCGAAUCUGAUUAAAAAGUAGAGAAACAUUUGGUGGCGCCAAGAUCAUCAUGCUCUUUCAUAGGCUCUCAAGAUUAGGUUUUCGCAUUGCCAAAGAGCUUCCAAAAGAUAAGAGACAUUUCUCAGUAUGUGGGAGGAGGAUUCUACAGAGGUCUUAUGGCCAUUAUUAUCUCCAAUCUUCGGCUGUAACACAGAGGCAAUCUAGGACUUUCCAUCAUGCGUUUUUCUCAAAUAACCUUAAUCCCUACACCUCCUUCAGCACUUCAUCUGAAAAAGGCGGUGAGGAAACCGAAAAGAUAAACGUUAUCUUUGUUGAUAAAGAUGGAGAGGAGAUUCAUAUUAAGGUCCCAAUCGGAAUGAACAUCCUUGAAGCUGCCCAUGAAAACAAUAUUGAACUCGAAGGGGCGUGUGAAUGUUCUCUAGCUUGUUCAACGUGCCAUGUGAUUGUUAUGGACACGGAGUACUACAACAAACUCGAAGAACCAACAGAUGAAGAGAACGAUAUGCUUGAUCUUGCUUUCGCGUUAACAGAAACUUCGAGGUUGGGAUGUCAAGUGAUAGCAAAGCCAGAGAUAGAUGGAAUACGCUUAGCCAUUCCCUCAGCCACCAGGAAUUUCGCAGUUGAUGGGUUCGUUCCAAAACCUCACUAAAGCCAAUUUCAAAAGUCUCUCUCACAGCAGAGGAUAUUCUCAAUUUGAGUUUAGGGUGUUUCUUUGAGUUUACACUUUGUUUAUUAUCUGAAAUUACCAUUUUACAUAAAACCCUGAGGGAGUUUAUAGAUUUUGUAAUUCAGAAGGUGAGGGAUGUCACAGUUCUCAAGCAUUAUAACUACAAUAAAAGCUUCAUAACUCUUCUUCCA